GUCUUUGCGGUGCGUUCAAGUGCAGAUUUUUGACCAAGACACAGUCAACCUUUGUCGCCACCGCUUCCUUGAAGUCAUUGGAGUGUCUGGUAAAUAUGUAACAUAUAAAAUACAGUCGAACCAACCAAUGACAAAACUGUAUUUGGACCCUUAGAUUGUAUCGCAGCUGCUGCUCCUGGAUUUUCCACAUGGUCAUCAAAGUGGGAAAACCCCCGUCCCCCUUCGUCGUAGCUGAGCACUCAGGCGUGCCUGCUCUGCUCAGGGCCAUGGACCAGAGACAAGAAGGCGUGGAACAGGUAUAAAGACAGUCAACUAUGUGAACUCGUGUUCAGACCUGACGGAGCUGCUCUCCCUCUACAGCACAAAGUCAUCGCUACAAGGUCUGGAUGGCGUACUCCACCGGCACACUCGCACAGGGCUGUUUUGGGAAGGUGUACAAGGAGAAGUACAAUGAUACCUGGGCUGCUAUAAAGAGGGUCCCCCACCAGCUCAUCAACAGGAAGGACCUGGAGAGAGAGUGUGAAGUGUACAACAAGGCGAAUCAUCCCAACAUAGUGAAGCUGCUGGGCAACAUAACGCUCAAAGACCAAAAAUGGGUGAUUCCUCUCGAGUUCAUCUUUGGAGAGGACCUGGAGACGACCAUCUUCAAAUCAGCAAAGUCUAAAAUACAGUUGACUCCAGCUAAUAAAGGCAAUAUCAUCAUCGGGAUGUGUGAAGGGCUGCUUCACCUCCACUCCAAAGACAUCGUCCAUCAAGACCUCAAGCCUGAAAACAUCAUGGUGGAGCACAACACAAACAGAGCCGUCAUCAUCGACCUGGGCCUGGCCAAGUUCUUCCGACAUGGUCUCAACUCUGCGAUGGACAUGGGGAACGAGGCCUACUCCGCCCCCGAGGUGCUACAGAGGGGCAGCCAGCGGGACCAGCGCUCAGACGUGUGGGCCAUGGGUAAGAUCAUCGCUGAGCUCUGUGCCCGGAUUCGGCUGUACACGCCCAGCGUGUGUCCCGCCAAGAUCAAGGAGACCCUGAAGGAUCAGCCGUACUGCCACGCUGUGUGUAGGAUGGUGGAGCCCGACCCAUCUCUGAGGGCCUCCGUGGGCGGGGUCAUAAGUGAGAUACGAAGGGCCGGAGGGGCGGGCAUCGUCACCAAUACAGCCGUACAAAAAGAUCACCUCAAGCUACCUUCGCCACAAAAUGAUGUCAGAAACCAGUCUCCAUCACCAGUGAACAGAGGUGCAUCACCAUUUAACAGAGACCCAUCACCAAUGAACAGGGCUCCAUCGCCAUUUAACAGAGACCCAUCACCAAUGAACAGGGCUCCUUCACCCUUCAACAGAGACCCAUCACCAAUGAACAGGGCUCCAUCGCCAUUUAACAGAGACCCAGCACCAAUGAACAGGGCUCCUUCACCCUUCAACAGAGACCCAGCACCAAUCAACCGGUCUCCGUCGCCCCUGAAAUGGGAGCGCUCACCCAGACCCGACAUCAAGGCUGCGCGUCCGCAAGUCGCGCUGCGCCCGACUCCCUCCCCUCAGAGGACAGAGGACAAGAACAAAAACCAGGCUCUGGUCCCGGCAGGAGGAGCAGACCUCACAAAAGACUUCAUGAAAAUGAGGUUGUACCAAGACGCUGCCAAGGAUCUGCCCUGCAACCUGCCCACCACAGGGAGGGUGGUGGUUCGGCGCUUUGAGGAGAAAAACGGGGAGGUUGAAAGAUGGGAGCAGAAGGAGGUGGUGACUCGUGACGGGAAGAUAGUCAAAUAUGAUGAUGUCAAGUUUGACAGCAAGUAAGAGAGUCGGAGUUUAUUGAUGUGUUGCGUGGACGGUACUUAUCUCCUCAAAAAGGACUGCAUGUGCUGGUUGAAUGGUUAGUUCAGGGUCACCUAACCUUUGGUAUAUUCUUGAAGAAAAACACAUUUCCUCUGAGCUGAAGACUAAACUGAGAUUAAGCUACACUAGGCACUUGUUUCUGUCACAGAUGAAUCGGACUGUCAGGCUGGUAGUUUGAAGCUGUUUUAAAGCUGCACUAUGUAGUUUUGGGGAAGAAGACAUGAAUCAAAAGAGAAAGAUCUUCAUUGACAAUUUAUUAAUUUAUUUUUAUGCCCAAACAAACUAAAUAAAUGAACCCUCUUCAUUUCCAUGACUCAAUAUGCAGAGUUAACAAACUGAUCUUAAAGGACAACACAGUUUCAUACUGUUUUACUUGGUUUAUAUGUGGCGGACCCUGCCACUUUUCUAGCUUCAAACAGUGUUCAGGGGACCUUAUUUUCCUCUGAGGACAGCCUGUUUAUUGAGUGAUGGAAAAAAAUACACAUUUCUAAGUUUGUAUUAUCACCUCAUUAAUAUUGUACAUAUUAAAACCCUUCUCCAGAACUACACAGUGCACCUUUAAGAGUACUUCUUGAAAUGGCUCUGGUCGUGUUGUGACAUGAGAUUCAGGAAUCUGAGCUAAGCUUUGAAUUUACUUGUCAAGAAAGAAAAUAUCAGCAGGCAUGAACAAUCAUCUGUGAAUGUUUUUCAGCGUCUGAGUGUAGAAGACUGUGAACAUGGCUCAAGCAGUAUUUGUGUAAGUAUGUGUAUAAAUAAAUUUGGAAACAUCGGUUGCA